UGACUUCUAAUUAGGAGCACAGUGGUGUUACCUUAUUAACAAUUUUUGUUUGGGAGUAUUUUCCUUUUUUUUUUUUUUUUGUUACACAUAUAAUGUUGCAGACACAAUAUCUUAUUAAAAUUGACCUGCUUAUAAGAUGUUUUAGGACACUGAUUUGAUCAUAGACACUGUCAAAACCUGCUUGCUUUACUCCAAGCAGUAUCUUUCAGAUGCAAAGGGGUGUGGGGCAGGGCCAUAAAGCUUGAACCCACCCACCCCCCCAAAGCAAAAUCCAUACAAAAAUUGCCAUUGAUUAGAAUGCAUAGUUAUGGUGCCAUUUUACAACACAUUUAUUUCCAGUUUUCAUAAAAUACUACACAAUUCAGCUAGUAAAAAUAACUAGUGGCCACAGUUUCUAACACUUUUAUAUUUACAUGUCAGAAACUGCAAAUAGUUUAUAAGAGGCCUAAAUCUGAGUCUGAUUAAUGCAAACAUUAUUUAUGUGCAUUACGACAUGUGAUUCACGCUCCAAGUUAUUUGACAUAAAGCAGAGGAACAUAAUUGAAUGUAUUGCAAUUUAAAGAUUAGGCCUAAGCUUGUUUUGUGCAUUAAAAGUGUAUCUUGGCCAAACCCCCUAUCUGUUGUAUUUCAGCGACUCUGCAGGUGGAAGUGUGCUAAAUUCCUUUCACUGUGUGUGCAAACAUGUUCCACUCUUUAAGUCAUUGUACAAAGCCAGGCACACAUUUUGCUAUGUUGACAAGGUCAAGAUAUGCUCAUCUGAAGUAUUUCUGCAGUUUCAGAUUAUUUAUUUUGCUGUUAUGAAAAUUAUGAUGUAGCAAAAAAAAACCUGUUGAAAUAAAUAUAUUAUUUGUUUCUCUACAUAAUAGUAAAUGAAAAACAUUAGAACUAGGUUGACCAGUGUAAUAAUUGAAAAAUAUUAAACUACUUUUAAUUUUUAUCCUCUCUUUAGGCAGAUCAGUUUGCCUUCAGGCUAGAAAUCUAUGCAUCAAAUUUCAGGCAGAUUUUUUUUAAAGCGAAGAAACAUGUAAACCCUUCAAACAAGGAUUUCAAGUGGAAAAUAUAACCAAUCUGUAAUUAAAAUUGCAUCACAACGAUAGUGGAAUUCCGCUAAUGUAGUGUUGCAUAAAGCCUUGCUUGCUCCUCCUACAUGUACUAAAUAUAAAUGUGCAUGAGCAGCAAAAGCUAUUUGCCUAGUAUCUGAAUCAGCUAAAUAGCAUUUACACUAAAAUUGAGUAUUUGGAUACUGUCUUCUCUGGUAAAACCAUGAGUCAAACCUCAUAAAUAAGUAGAAUCAUAAUUACAUUUUCUCAUUAACUUAGAUGCUGUCUUUCUAUUUUGUUGGUUGUCUGAGGAGUUAAUGAUUCCACUUACACUCUUCAAGUGAAUUUAUUUGUUUUGGAAAGGAGGGACCUUUUUUUUUUUUUUUCUAAUAUCAUAAUUUCAGUUAAAUGUUUCUGUAGAGUCCUACUUUUCUUGAGUUCCUAUGCAAUUUACACCUGUGCAAAUCCUGGAACACUAAGUUCAUUCUUUUGAACUGCAUUGUGUUAGCAUGGGAUUACUGAAUCUCGGAAAACAUUUUUCUGUGUGUAAUGGCAUUGCAAUUGGCUGAAUGCUGUUCAGAAGGCUAAUUGCUUAUCAAGGUGAUUCUUUUUGUGUCACUCAGGAUGGGUUAUAAAUUUCACAAGAGACUGGUUUUCUUUCUGAAUGUAGUAUGACCCAUGGUGACUGUACAUUAAUCACAAACUGCACCAAAUUUCCAGUCCAAAUGUCCCCCUGUUUAAUUCAGAGUUUGUGUGCAAAGUUAGUGGAAUAUUUUCUUAAAAACUAAAAUGGAAUCAGGUGUCAUGAUAGUUCUGGUUUUGUUUUUUUUUUUUUUCAAAUUGUCAAUUGGGGAAUAGAAAAUGUUCAAAGAGAUUUCGGUGUCAGCAAGGAUGUAGCAAAGCUGGUGUGUUCAGCCUCUUCCUGGCUGCUCUCCGCUGCCGGCAUACUCGAUUACUUUCUCUAUUCUUGAUUGGGAAUGGUGCCAAAAAGAGAUGUGAGGAAUCUGUCCAAACAACCUGUCUCUUUCCAAAUCCACAUCCCAUUUUUCAAUUUACGUUUUCCGUAAAGCCUAUUAGGACUCUUAUAAUAUCAAGGUGCCGGGGAAGAAAUCCAUUUGUCAUUCUGCUGCAAAAGAAUGAGGAGGGUGCUGUGAACAUAGGAAGCCUGAACGCCUUCAGCAGUGGGGUCCCAUUUUGGGUGCAGUUUACUUUCUGUAGACGUGACUGGGGGCCUUGACACUGCAGACUGUAAUUGUGGCAAGGCUUUUCUUGCCAGUAGUAUGCAAACUGAUUAUUCCACUGUUUAAAAAAAUCGGUGUAGCUUAACAAAUGUCUCAUUUUAAGAGUAAUCAAAUUUUGUAUUAACUCUAGUCUGUGUUGAUGAUGCAGAUUAUAAACUCAUGCAGGAGCAUCUGUUUCUGUUUUUGUCAAAUUGGAGAUUAUCCCUUAAUCAUGCAGGGUCUGGGUGUGCAUUUUCAGAUUUGUUGACUCAGGAAAGCUGGAGAUAGCAUUAAAGGCUAAUGACAUUAUACUGCAGCUACAUUUAGGCUGUUGCGCCUCUGAACAAGAACUCUUGCUCGAACCACCCAGUGAAAAGAAUGGCGAGAAGAAAUGUCCUCAUUACAGGCUGCUCCUCAGGAAUUGGACUGGCCUUAGCUGUAAAAAUGGCAAAAGAUGAACAGAAAAGGUUUAAAGUGUAUGCCACAAUGCGGAAUCUGGCCAAGAAAGAGCCACUUGAGGAAGCUGCAGGUCGCAGGCUGGGCAAAACCCUAGAAAUUAAACAACUGGAUGUCUGCGAUGAACAGUCUAUUAAAACUUGUGUGAAUAGCAUCCCUGACAGAAGGAUUGAUGUUCUAGUUAGCAAUGCUGGAAUGGGGCUCAUUGGACCUAUUGAAUGUCAGACCAUAGAUGAAAUGAAAACUGUGAUGGACACCAACUUCUUUGGACUGGUUCGACUCCUGAAAGAGAUUUUGCCUGACAUGAAGAGGAGAAAGAGCGGACACAUAGUUAUAAUAAGCAGUGUUAUGGGAAUACAAGGUAUCUUAUUUAAUGAUGUUUAUGCUGCAUCUAAGUUUGCUGUGGAAGGAUUCUGCGAAAGCUUAGCUAUACAAGCACUCAAGUUCAAACUGCAGUUAAGUUUGAUUGAACCAGGCCCAGUGAUUACAGAGUUUGAAAGAAAAGUGUUUGAAGAUGGAAUGAAAAUGGAUCUUUCAGCUGCAGAUAAGGAAACAGCUGAGAUGUUUACUAAUAUUUACCUCAAAAAUUACAAACAAAUUUUCCAGAGCCUGGGACAAAGUGCUGAAGAUGUUGCAGAGCAUACAGUAAAGAUAAUUCUUGCAGAAAAUCCACCUUUUCGCCAUCAGACCAACACCUUGUAUACUCCGAUGACGACCCUGAAAUAUGCAGAUCCAAAUGGAGAUCUACCCAUUGAUAUAUUCUACAAAAUGGUUUUUCAUCAUGACAAAAUCUUCAGUGCAAGUCUUAACUUUAUCAAAUUGCUAAGGUGGAGAAGUAGAAAGAGUUUUGACCUGGGAAAACCCUCACAAUAACGAUGAGAUUAUAUAGUGCAAAUUUGGAAUUACUUGUUGUAACUACUGAUAAUGCAGUAUGCUGUUAUUCAAAUGCCUUUGCUCUGUAAUUGUGAAAAGGCAUUCAAGGUGUUUAUUUGAGCUUAGCUAAGAUAGUCAUCUCAAUGUGUUUAUCUUGAACUUUACAGUUUGCAGAACCUUGAAAUUAAAAUCCUCUAAUUGUAGGUUUAUUCUGUUUAGUGUUUGCUUUUUAGAGAGAUCUGUUUUCAUGGGAACAUGAACAUUGACUGAUACUUGCAUAUUCAAUAUUAACCCCACCCCUUUCACGUAUUAGAAUAUAAUGCAUACUGAGAUGUGUACCGGAUGUAAAUUAUUUAGAUUCUUAAAAUAUUUUAUCUUUUUAGUUAUUAGAAUGUAACAGAAUUAGUAUAGUAAUCCCUCAAUCACAGUAGUAUUCUCAUUUUCAGAAAUCAGGUCUAUUUACCAGUAACAUAAGAGAAAGUCUCAUCAAUCUUAAAAUGUCACAACUAGAGUAUUUAUUAGUCAUAUAUAUGUUAUAAUAUUCUGAGUGCUUCCUUUAUAUGCAAUGGUUACUGGCAUA